AUGUUAACCUUGCCUGGAGAGGUAAUUAUUGUGUAUCUUGCAGCCCAAUUUAAUGGAAGUGAGAAACGGCAAGCAUCUCCUUCUCCCUCAAAUGACCAGCGCAGGCAGUUAAGAGCACCUGGAGGAGGCUUUAAACCCAUCAGACAUGGCAGUCCAGAGUUUUAUGGGAUCCUGGGAGAGAGAAUAGAUCCAACUAUUCAACUGGAAAAGCAGAUAUGGUAUCAUGGAGCAAUCAGUCGGACAGAUGCAGAAAACCUGUUACGUUUAUGUAAAGAGUGUAGCUACCUUGUAAGAAAUAGUCAAACAAGCAAGCAUGACUAUUCUCUUUCACUGAAGAGCAGUCAAGGUUUUAUGCACAUGAAACUGAUGAAAACCAAAGAGAAAUACAUCCUGGGUCAGAACAGCCCUCCAUUCGACAGUGUUCCUGAAGUCAUCCACUAUUACACCACAAAAAAGCUGCCUAUCAAAGGAGCAGAACACUUGUCACUGCUCUACCCUGUGGCUGUGCGGACACUCUAA